AUGUUGUGCAAUCUUCCAGUGAGCAUCGUGACGUGUCCCAACCCUGGACACACGCCUAACGCCCUACGUCACGGUGACAUCUACACAUGGCAGCAUAACAUCACGUAUGAGUGCAUCACGGGCUACUACGCCAUGGGAAGCACCACACUGACUUGUACACAGAAUGGUAACUGGUCGUCACCAUCACCACCCAAGUGCAUUGCGUACACGUGUGACACAAACUUCUCCACGCCAGCCGACGCCGAGACUCUGACAUCGCGCGGCGACUUUGUUCCGGAUAUUGUUCUGCGCGAGUCUGACGUCAUCCUGACGAGCUGCCAUGCGGGCUUUGAAAGCGCAAACACCAAGGCCGUGUGUCGGCGCGGACAAUGGGAGCCAGCAUACAUGCCCAACUGCCGGCGUACGGCGUGCAACGGAUCUGCGCCGAUGGGCGGCGCCAACACAGUACGCUCCGGGGCGGGCAACACGUUUGGGAGUGUUCAUUCGUUCCGCUGCUUGCCCGGUUUUGACUGGCUGUGGCCUUGGCGUGCGUACAAUGCUACCUGCCAGCAUGACAUGCGCUGGUCCAGUGUUGUCCCGGAUUGCUCACGGGUAGUGUGUCCAUCCCUGGCGGCCAUCGCCAAUGGCGUGUGGCUCAACGACACAGAUGCUCAGGUGUACGAAGACUCAGCGCCGGGUGCAUGUAGCCCGGGGUAUGUGCGUACAGCGGGCAAUCUGACCCGGACCUGCAUGUCUGAUGGUACAUGGUCGGGGACCGACCCGGUUUGCACCCGGGUGAAAUGCCCGAUCAGCCCUGUACCUGAUAAUGGCAGGACCCUGGUCAAUGAGGGUAACUCGUUCGGUGACAUGGUCUCGUUCUCUUGUGAUGAUGGAUACGAGAUUGCAAGCAGUCAAAGCAGCACACUGGUUUGUCAGGCGAACAAAACCUGGAGUGAUGAGUUUCCAGUUUGCAAACGAGUUACUUGCGCAGCUCCAGCCAUUCCAGCGCACACACCACCAAGCACUGCAGCAACUCCAACGCCCUUGCCCACCUCUACCGCGUCGUUUGACUAUGGCCACGUAUACAGCUAUGUGUGUGAUGUUGGUCACUAUCUGAUUGGUGCAAACAACACUACUUGUUCUCAAACUCACAACUGGACUAAUCCACCACCAACAUGUCAAGCCGUUGAGUGUAACAUCUCGUCUCUGCCGACGGCCUCCAAUGCUUACCAUGACUACUCUAAUCGUACCGUUCUCCAUUACAACGAGAGCAUAGUCUGGUCAUGUGAUCAGGGCUAUGAGCUACAGACUACCAAUACUACUGCUGCUGCGGGUGGUGGUGGUGGCGGUGAUACUGGCGGUGCUGAUGGAAUACAGCAAUGCACACACUACACUAAUCAACCCGGAUACUUUAGUGGAACAACACCUCGCUGUGUCAGAGUUUCAUGUCCGCUCUACCCUAAUGUUACACAUGCUAUCAGCAUUACUAACUCCACCAGUUUUGUGUAUGAAGACGUCAUCUCGAUUCACUGCCUGCCGGGCCACGAGACUGCGACCGGUGGUUUUGCCAUGACAGUGAUCACAUGUCUUGCAAACGGCACGUGGUCGGAGAACAUCACACGCUGCACGCCGGUCCAGUGUGCUGCCUUGCCGUCCGUACCACACGCUCUUCACAGUGUUGCUGCUGGUGCGGGUGGUGAUGGUAGCGGAACGUCUUUCGGCACAACCGUGUCGUACCGCUGCGAGAGUGGCUAUCGUACGACUGCCGCCAGUGAUUCCAGUCUGACAUGUCAACACAAUCGCACUUGGGAUGGCAGCAUUCCCGUCUGUACAGGUAUCACUUGUCCUGCGCCAGCGCUACCCCAGGCGUCCGUGGCACUUCUCCAGCCAUUGUCGAGUGUGUAUAAUUGGAGUGACUCCGUGGAGUUCUCCUGUAUUCGGGGAUAUCAACUCAGACCCGGUUCCAACCAGUCGCAAUGUUCAGAUGACGGCAUGUUCACCCAUCCUCACCCAGGAUGUGACAUUGUUCAAUGCCCACAAGCUAGGCUGCUCAAUGCCAUACUCUCAUCCAGUGUGGCCGUGUUUGGUGACAUCGUCACGGCAACGUGUAACCUUGGCUACGAAAUCAAACCGGGUGUGUACUCACUGAAAAUAUCCUGCGAGGCUAAUGGCAGUUACAACGUGUGGCCUUUGCCUUCAUGCAGUGUAGUUGAGUGCGGCGCGUUGCCAGAUCUCCUGCACGCCAAUAGUAGCAGCAGUGAUGUGUCCUACGGAAGCCUGGUGACGGUUACCUGCGAUCACGGUUACGUGGGUGAGAACGCGACGCUCAGUGCGACGUAUGAGUGCGCUCACACUCCCAACACGCAGCAGAGCGAGCAAUACGACUGGGUAACGGCGUCCAGUGACUUGCGCAACAGCAGCAGUGGUUGCAAACCAGUCCAAUGCCAAGUGCCAACCGUACCUAACUUCAACCAGAGGAGUAUGUCAGGAAGUGGGAGUGGAAGUAGUAGUAGUAGUAGUGCGCCAACCACUCCUGCCAACCUACUUUACACAGAGGUACUUGAUGGUGUCUGUGAUCUUGGCUAUGAGCUAACUGGCGGUGAUCGGCUCUGA